GGGCCCCUCGCAGCGCAGGGGCGGGCGGCCGCGGAGUGGCGGGCGCCGCGCGGAGGCAAGGCGGGCGUGUUCAAUGGAAGUAUGCUACCAGCUGCCGGUGCUGCCCCUGGACAGGCCGGUCCCCCAGCACGUCCUCAGCCGCCGAGGAGCCAUCAGCUUCAGCUCCAGCUCCGCGCUCUUCGGCUGCCCGCAUCCCCGGCAGCUCUCGCAGAGACGUGGAGCUAUUUCCUAUGACAGUUCUGAUCAGACUGCGUUAUAUAUUCGUAUGCUAGGAGAUGUCCGCGUAAGAAGCCGUGCAGGAUUUGAAGCAGAAAGAAGAGGUUCACACCCAUAUAUUGACUUCCGUGUUUUUCACUCUCAGUCUGAAAUUGAAGCGUCGGUGUCGGCCAGGAACAUCAGAAGGCUGCUAAGUUUCCAGCGCUAUCUCAGAUCUUCGCGCUUUUUCCGGGGCGCCACAGUUCCUAGUUCUCUAAACAUUCUAGAUGACGAUUAUAAUGGACAAGCCAAGUGUAUGCUGGACAGAGUUGGAAACUGGAAUUUUGAUAUCUUUCUGUUUGAUAGACUAACAAAUGGAAAUAGUCUAGUAAGUUUAACCUUUCAUUUAUUUAGUCUUCAUGGAUUGAUUGAGUACUUCCAUUUAGAUAUGGUGAAACUUCGUCGAUUUUUAGUUAUGAUUCAAGAAGAUUACCACAGUCAAAAUCCUUACCACAAUGCGGUCCAUGCUGCAGACGUUACUCAGGCCAUGCACUGUUACCUAAAGGAACCUAAGCUUGCCAAUUCUGUAACUCCUUGGGAUGUCUUGCUGAGCUUAAUUGCAGCUGCUACUCAUGAUCUGGAUCACCCAGGUGUUAAUCAGCCUUUCCUUAUCAAAACCAACCAUUAUUUGGCAACUUUAUACAAGAAUACCUCAGUCCUGGAAAAUCACCACUGGAGAUCAGCAGUGGGCUUGUUGAGAGAAUCUGGUUUGUUCUCACAUUUGCCACUGGAGAGCAGGCAGCAGAUGGAGACUCAGAUAGGUGCUCUGAUCCUAGCCACAGACAUCAGUCGCCAGAACGAGUACCUGUCAUUGUUCAGAUCGCACCUGGACAGAGGUGACUUACACCUUGACGAUGGCAGACAUAGGCAUUUGGUUCUACAGAUGGCCUUGAAAUGUGCUGACAUUUGUAACCCAUGUCGGAACUGGGAAUUAAGCAAGCAGUGGAGUGAAAAAGUAACGGAGGAAUUCUUCCACCAAGGAGAUAUAGAAAAAAAGUACCAUUUGGGUGUGAGUCCACUUUGUGACCGUCAGACUGAGUCGAUUGCCAACAUCCAGAUUGGUUUCAUGACUUACCUAGUGGAGCCUUUAUUUACGGAGUGGGCCAGGUUUUCAGACACGAGGCUGUCACAGACAAUGCUCGGACAUGUGGGGCUGAAUAAAGCCAGCUGGAAGGGACUGCAAAGACAGCAGCCCAGCAGCGAGGACGCCAAUGCUGCAUUUGAGUUGAACUCACAGUCACUAACUCAGGAAAAUCGAUUAUCAUAACCCUGAACCAGUGGGGAAAACUCCCUCCUGCAAGAUUGGAACUGUGAAAUGGGUCUCUCUCGAGGUGAAGAACUGGUUCUGUCCAGGGAACUGAUGCCAGCAUUAUUUAUUAUUGAGUUUGUCUCUGUUGGAUCGUUUGAGCCCACUUUUUAAUGAUAAGCCUGAAUAUACAGCAAUAUGCAUCUGGCUUUUGUGUGAGACCCUGAAUAUACAAAGCUCAGCAGGAGAACCAGAAAGGAUUAACAGAGGAAGACUUGCUGCAGAUUUCACAGCAUGUGUCCUCCAAGCCCUGAAACUUGAACCGAAUCUCAGCAGCAAUCUUGGUCUACCUGUCUGAUACAGCAGCGCAUCCGUCCCUUCCACUAUUUUCUCUCUGAGAAAACAGAAAUGUGAAGUGCCCAGCCUCUGCUGCCUCUGGCAAGACUCAAAUGUUUACAAAUCAACUCUGAAAUACUGGUUCUAAAUUGCCUUGGAGCAUGAUUGUGAAGGAACCACUGAGACAUUCACUGCUCGAACUGGAGCCUGCAGCUCUCCUGUGGUUUGCCUUUUUUCUUCUUUGGAUGCCCUCAGAGCCUCUCGUUCGCCGUUUUGUCUUGUGCACUGGAGAGUGAGUGGUUAUCACGGAGCACCGAGUGUUUCACUCCAGUGCUGCUUGGCAAUGCAGAUUUUGAACUCUCCGUUUUUAAUUGGGGGGAGGGAAGGAACACCAGUGUCCCGGCUGUGUCCAGACUGCAGUGAAGACACUGCAUGUUGUUUUCACUGCUGCACACUUGACCUGCACAUGCAAGGGAAAGGUGGACUGUUGAACACACCAUCUCAGCUCAGGGUAUUUGCCAAUCCGAAAUAAAGUGGGGUAGGGAAGUGUGUCCUUCAGAUCAAGGGAACUAAAGUCCCUUUCGCUGCAGUGCGUGAGAGGUAUGUUGUGUGACUGUAUGUGUGUGUUUGCGUGCAUGUUUGUGCAUGUAUGGCUGUGCAUGUUCUGUCCAUCCAUGUGGGAAGGGAUUGGAAAUGUCAGCUUUUAUUUAUUGUUUUAGAAUGUGACAUAGUGAGCAGCCACACGUGGGGGAGGGGAAGGUGGGUCAAGCUGAAAGAUGCUCCAGUUGCCUUAAACUCUGCACAAAGCUAAGUGACCAAACUUCUCGUUUUGAUUGGAAAAGUGCAUUGUUUUCUUGUCCCUCCCUUUGAUGAAACGUUACGCUUUGGUGGGCUUUUUGAUGUGAAUAUACGUUUUCUAGGAUAAAAUUUAAGGACUAAUUUUAGACAAAACAUUCCACUUUUGUAAUUUGUUUUCAAUGGUUUUAUGUAGAGCAAGCACAACUGUAAUCUAGUUUGAGAAACGGUGCUUUCUUUUAGUUCAUUUGUAUUUCCCUCGUUACUGUAAAAGACUGUUUAUUAAUUAUGUUUACAGUUUGUUGCAACAGCCAUCUUGGGAGAAAGCUUGAGUGUAAAGCCAUUUGUCAAAGGCUUUGCCAUACUCAUUCAAACAUGUGCCUGUUGCUGUUAACUUUUGAUGAAUAAAAACCGGUCUUUUCUCAUUUU